GUUUUAUACCAAAACGUAAACAACCACACAUUUGCUCCACACGCACACCGUGGAAACUUUCGCUUUCUCCGCGUGAUAAAUAAUAAGUUUAGGGUACAAAAAAAAGUAUCCCGCUGUGUGGUAACAUAUUCCUUUAGAUAUAUUUUUAGGUGAAACUUUGGACUCCACAACAUUGUGCGUUAGUUUCGCGGGCAACAAUCUUAAAUCAUCAACCAUGUCAGCAUGCCGCGUGAGAACACCGAACAAAAUCCGCUCCCUGCUGAAAGUAACGGGGCUGGCUGCGGGCGUCUUCAGUGCGUACAGCGUAUGGCGCGGAGAUGAGAAAUUCUACAACAACGUGUUUAUGCCGAUCGUGCGGCUCAUACCGCCAGAAACGGCACACGAUCUGGCGGUGCUCGGUGUUAAGUGGAAACUGUUCCGCCCAGCUUACCAGGAUACGGACCGACUGCGCACACAGUUCCUCGGUAUGACGUUUAACAAUCCGAUCGGUAUUGCGGCCGGUUUCGAUAAGCACGGCGAAGCCGUCCAGGGCCUGCAGCUGAUCGGGUUCGGAUUCGUCGAGAUCGGGUCGGUAACGCCCGAACCGCAGCCGGGCAAUGCGAGGCCACGCAUUUUUCGGCUGAACGAGGAUAAAGCCAUCGUCAACCGGUACGGGUUUAACAGCGAGGGGCACGAUGCUGUGUACGAUCGUUUGCGUGAAUCCCGCGAACAGGAACCGCCAGAGGAGAGGGUAAUGCUGGGCAUAAAUUUGGGCAAGAACAAACUGUCGCUCGAUGCGAUCGCAGACUACGUGCAGGGUGUAAAGCGGUUCGGCAGUUUGGCCGACUAUCUGGUGAUCAACGUGAGCAGCCCAAACACGCCCGGACUGCGCACGCUGCAGAGCAAAAGCACCCUGCAGACGUUGCUAACGGAGGUGCUUAAAGCACGUGCCACGCUGCCACCCAACGAGCAGCGCCCGAUACUGCUGAAGCUAGCUCCAGACCUAUCGGAAGAAGAUCUGCGUGAGAUUGUGGACGUCAUUCGAGCCAAGGCGUGUGCAGUGGAUGGACUCAUAGUUUCAAACACAACCAUCGAUCGGCCCCCUACACUGAAAAGCAACAAUGCCGGCCAGCUCGGUGGUUUGAGCGGCCCUCCGUUAAAGCAACGUUCGACGGCAAUGAUCGCACGGGUGUACAAGCUGACGGAGGGAAAGAUUCCGAUCAUUGGGGUGGGCGGCAUUUUUACCGGUGAAGAUGCAUUUGAGAAAAUUGAAGCCGGUGCCAGCGCAGUGCAGCUGUACACGUCCUUCAUUUUCCACGGUCCGCCGGUAGUGCCGAAAAUUAAGCGCGAGCUCGACCGGCUCUUGGAAGCGAACGGGUACGCCACCGUUCAGGAUGCUGUUGGGAAGGGGGUGGACAAAUAUUUGUCGUAAAUGUGAUGCUCCUCAGGAAUUAGUAUAAGCCUAAAAGUGGAUCGAAAUAUAUAUUGUAUAUAGUUGCGAAAUAA